AUGCUCAGGCUGGGAAUACAAAGGCUCUCUUUGAGCCAGCAAACUCCACGCUCUUUGAAUACUUCUGUACGGAAGUUGUUAGCAUCUAAUUACUCAACAAUUAUUUCAAAACCCCACGGUUAUCAAAUAGCACCAAUUCAACCCCAUUCAAUAAUACCAUCAAGAUUACCACCAAUUAACAAACGUUCAUUCUCUACUUCACCUUUGACAAAUUUCACAAGACCCCCAAGAUUCCAAUCACGUCCACCUACUACAUUUUCAUUGAUAUGGCAUUUAAUACCUGAUGGAUUGAAAAUGAUACUAGCCAUAAUGGGGACCGCUUCUUUUAUAUUGUUUAUUGCAGCUCCAUUAAUUGUCAUUGUAUUACCACCAUUAGCUGUUGGUGGUUAUUUCGCAAUGAAGUAUUGGCUGAAGAAAAGAAGAGGUGAUAUGGACUCCAAAUGGAGGAAUUUAUUGAACACUCAUCUAACUUAUGAAGGUGCAGAUUUUGAUCAAAUUCAAUUGAAAAAUUUUACAUUAGAAAGAUUAAUCGAUGCUUUUGAAACUAAUGAAAAUGGUAUAACUGAAUUUUUUAAUGAUAGUAAAGAGCAACAUCAUUCAUUCCAUUCAAGAUUUGAAUUGACUGGUAUUGAAACUAUAGAUCAAGAUUUUAGAAUCAGUAAAAUGGGGAUUCAAGAAACUAUUAGUGUUCUUUCAUUUGGUCUUAAGGAUAAAGAUAGUAGAAUGGGGAGAAUUGCCACUGUGAUACUAACGUUACGUCCUAAACAAAUUAGAAAUCUUUUAGACCAAGGACCACUUCAACAAGAUGCCAUAAUUGAAAUCAAACCAUUGUUCAAUGCCUUCGGGAAAUCAUUUAUACUCAACACAAACAGCGAAUUUGACUCCAAACAUUCCCCUGAAAUCAUAGAUGUACGUCCACAUAACACAAGAAGAUACAAAUAG